UUGUUUUUUUUUAUAUUAUUAUUAUUAGCAUUUCAACACGUACCGACUGAAAACGAGACCGCAACGAAAUUGGUCACCAAUUUCUUUCGCAUACCCCUCUCGUACUUGUCUCAGAUUGGACGGAGCAAAAGGCAGGUCACACAGGAAGAUAUCGUGGUGAUUCUGGACCGUUCAGGUUCGAUUGGGGACUGUAACUACAAAAAAGCAAAGCAAGCCCUGAAGAACAUGCUUUACAUUGCGUCAGAAAUAGGAUAUGACAACAGAUAUGCAGCAGUGACAUUUGCAACCGAUGCCACGACCGAUUUUACUUUUGUUGCUAAUCCGGACGCAGGAAUUAAGAUAAAGAACCUUCCCUAUAUCCCUGGCUCAACCAACACUCAGGCUGCAUUACAAGAAGCAAAAAGGGUGUUUGAAGAUCCCAAUUCAGGUAUGUGCAAAUUCAUUUGUAUCGAAAGCCUUUAUUUUAAGUAGAGAACAUAAACAGUUACAACAGCAUUUCUCUAAAACAAUCUGAAAUCUACGGCCCCAUAUGGUAAUGAUCCAAAGUUGUACUAAGUUGUAAAAUUAAUAUAAAAACCAAGCCAGCCUCGAUUUUGAACAUAAACUGUAUAAGUCUUGCUCUGAUAAAUGAAUAAAGAGAGUGUGUUUGUAAAGAAACUGUGGUGCUGCGUCGGUGGGAGAGUAUAACAGGAUAACAAGGUAAUUUAGUAUUAUCAACUGAGUUGAUAACGUAAAUUGGCCACCGUAAAAGAGUUUCAAAGCUGACGUCUCGAGCGGUAGCCCUUCGUCAGAUUUCGCUCUGACGAAGGAUUAACGCUUGAAACGUCAGCUUUGAAACUCUUUUACGGUGGCCAAUUUACGUUAUCAACUCAGUUGAUGACACUCGAUUACCCUGUUUCUCUAAUAGAGGCUGAGAUGUGAUCGAUAAUAAGUUCUGCCGCUAUAUAUUUUAACUCUUAGUUACAUACUUAAGGGAGGUAUUGAAAAUAUUGUGCUUUUCAAAAUAACUCUGAGUCAAAGUCAGUUAUGAUGAUCUGUGAUAAACUAGCUUAACCCUUUACCUUUACACCUUAACAUUAGUUUUCAUAUAUUCUUUACACUGCUCUCAAUGCUUUCAAUGCCGGCUGCUGACAAAGAGAAUUUGUUUGAAUAUCUGGAGCUUCUUAAGUUGGCAGUCAUUUCCUUUAUGAUCAAAGUCUUUACAUUCGAUUUAAGGAUGAUACUGAAAGAAGAAAUUAGAAUUUACUCGGCCUUUGGGGUUAAAUGACUUUGGUUUUUAGUGAAAAAAAGAUAUCUUGAAAUACGCUCACUGUAAAACCUACUUACUGUAUUCAUUUGUCCUUUUCUAAAGGAAAACGUCCGGGUGUUAAAAAGAUUGCUUUCCUUAUUACCGAUGGGCGAUCAAAUGUUGAUCCCUCGAAGACCAUACCGAAUGCUAACUUAUUGAAAGCUGGUGGUGUGGAGAUUUUUGUCGUUGCUGUUGGAGAUUACCGAACAGGAAUCAGUGAAAUCGUGGAAGUAGCUUCACCAGAUCGUAAAGACCACGUAUUCCGUGUCAGUAAUAUGAAUGGCUUCCUGGAUGUUACAAAAUUGGCUUUUAAGUUGGUUGCUCCCAAGAAAUAUGCAGCCUCAACUCCUCAUAAGCAACUUUGUUAAAACGAUAUAUAUCAAAAUUGCCUUCGAUUUUAAGUUGUAGUUUGAAAGGAACGGUACUUCAAUAUAACUUAUUUUAGUAAUUAAGUAAUUAGUUCAUUAUUUCCCCUAAGUUUGAAUAUCACAUUGUAAUGGAUUCAAGGUCAAGUAAGAAUCGUAGAAAACGUUUUCAGCCCUUAAAAUAGAGGAUUUACUGAAUUCAUUUUGUUUGUAUGUUGAUUGAAAGAAGAACUCUGCUGCUUUCAUACUUUAGUUAACUUAACAGUGGAAUGUGUAUUCUAAAUAUAAUAAACGAAGGCACUAAUUCAUGGCUUGGAUCAAUGCUGUCAUUAAUGUUAUUACGUCAAGUUUUAUAGUGACUUUUUGUCAGACGUUCAAAAAGGUGGGAAUGGAGGAUCUGGGCGCAAAGGUGAGAGGGUAGUGCUGAGGACUGCGUCUGCGGAAUUUAUGGAUAGACGAAGAAAUUUAAAAACAACCUCAUGACUAAGAAAAAAAGGAGAAUAUUAUCAUUUUCUAGACGGCGUUUACUUGGCAUAGAGUUGUAUUAACACUCCUGCUCUACGAACCUUCGGACACUUUCGGUCGAUGGGGUAAAUUGCCAUCUCACUAAUUUUGUGAAGCAGUAAGUUUCCAUAUAUUGAGUCACUGACUAAAUCGAUUCAUGAAGAGUGGCAAGACACUGUGGAGAGGCGCAAAGUAAAACUUUUAAAGAACCCCCGCACGACCUAAUAGGUUUUUUAGUCAACAACCAUGCAACUUUGUGGAACAAUUGAACUUUGUAACCUGAAGCAUUUGACGAACGACUGAAUUUCAUCCUAAAAUAUUGCAGUUGUUGAUCUAAGAGAGCAAAUGGGCCAGGGCAAGAGACAAUGAAUAUCGUGCUUUGGACCACCAUUUCGCAGAUGACGGAACUCCUCAAGGUCAUUCAAGGCCUACUAAGCAGCGUUUCUGGGAGGGGUUACUUUUGCGGCAGCUUGACAUCUUUUUUUUCUUCACUAAGCUUGAUGAGAAUGUCAACGAUCAGGAGAAUUAAACCAAGUCACAGAGCUCUACGACAAAUACGCUAAAUAGUCUCCGGCGUUACAAAAGGUAACAUCAUUUGAUAUUGUUUUCUUCGGGGGAAGUUGUAAGAAUAUGUCUCGAUUAUUUUCAUUCUGAUCAAAUAUUUACAAGCAAAAAGGAAAGUGAAAAAAUGUUCUGAUUAUAAUACUAUGGGAAACGACCAACAAUGUUUUGUAUAACAGCAGUUAACCGUAAUUUCAACAAGAUAGUCAGGCCUAAGGUCUCUAAACAAGGCAUGAGAAAUUAAAGUCAUUUAAAAAAAGGAAUUUCAGUAGUGAAACGAACCUGUCAGCUUUGAUAACACUAAGCUUUCUUAAAAUGACCGCGCAUGGCCAUUUUGGUCGGUGGUGGUAACAGCUUUAAAAUACACACGGGAUUUUGUAAAAUUUUCGAUUAACAUGAAGCGUAAAUUUUUAAAACCAUUGGAAAAACUUUUGAUGCAAAUACUUACAUUGGGGUGGACGGUGAAGGUGAUAUUGCCCUCUAAAGCAAAAGCUGUUAUAUUUUACAGCACGUUUCAUCGAUGAACAUUACAUGUGGCCGAAUACAUAGCAGAACAGCUGAGGCAGCUGAUGCUCACAUUGUACCUCCAGGCACAACCCCUAAAGAUUUUAAUUAUUUUCCGUUAAAUUUAUUGUCAUUUAUUUAUUCUUAUUUUGCAAUUGAUUAAUCGGCAGCUGUUUCAGCUGAGAAGGAGGACACUUGACACUUGACACUUUUUUUAACCACUAAGUGUUGCAAGUAGCUGUUCCUCGAUUGAGUUUUCGUGCAGAUGUAUCCUGAAAUUGUCUUUAACUCAAAUAUGUUAUUGAUAUCUAUAUCAUACGCAGAACAUUACGUGAGCGCAUGAUUAUACGUACGCCUACUCGAUUUGAUAAUAUCUCAACGCUCAAAGAUGAAGUUCUCAUCCACGCUCUACAACUUUUGCAUCUUGUCAGACUCACUUGAACCAUUUCCUCUAAAACCAAGCAAGACAGUAUCACCAAGAAUGUUACCACAUGUUGAUAUUCAUUACCUUGAUUUAAUUGCUUUGAAGUGCGUCAUCCGACGUUUCGGUUCAUUGAUUAAGCUUCAUCGCCACAACAAAAGGGUAGUCUUCAAACUUGUUCUCAUAAAUGCUCGAAGGUGCAACAAAGCAGGUUUCAGUUGAACGCAAUAUAACUAAAUUACCUCAAUAAUUUGCUCUGUGCCUGUCGGCGCUUUGUACCAAAACAUUUUUGCAGAAACAAGGAAACAUGAUUGAGAUGUUAAUAUCUAAUCAAUGCGCUGAAAAGGAAAUGUAUCGUAUGCCUUUGUUGCAAAUUAGAAAAUUACACCAGUAUACGAAGAGGCAAUUAAAACCUCUUUUAAUCGUCACAAGGUUGAUCAAACGCAAAAUAAUAAAGACUGGUAAUUGAGUUAGUCAUGAAACACAGAGCUCUCACUGUUUGUUAAAAUUUUGCAUAUUUUGAAAACAAAUAAGUAACAACGCCACAGAAGCUAGCAUACAACACUUCAAAUGGCUGGGUUUCACGAUGCAGCCUAAACAGAUACGAACAGCACCAGCGAAUAUGGGUGGUCAUUUUACUACUAGAAAUGCGAAUACCCAUGAUUUGCAAUUUGGCCUGGAUUUCUGUCGUUGGCAGUGGUGUUGGAAGAUUUAAUGUUCUUUCAUUUACCAAAUAAAAUGGGUUUUAGUGGGAUAAAAUGCUUAACAUUAAUGACACAAAUUACCUAGAGUAAGAGGUGAAGAAGGAACUUUCGAUUGGCAGCGUUCGUCGACGGUUUAGCAAAAUAACUUCAGUCGACCUAAAAUCACUAUUAAUAGUCAUGCAAGUGGCCUUUUUCGGCUACAGGGUCAGCUUUUACUUUUACUAAGUCACCCUGGUUUGCAGUAAUUCAGUUUCUCUAAACAAAUGAUAUAAUAUUGUCAUUAAUUUCAUGAACCCUAUUUGGAUUGGAAUUAAACCCCAAGACAGAUUCACUUUGCCUUGAGGUAUAGAAGAUCAUCGCGUACUCAUUUUUUAAAAGCCUUAGUGAUGCUAGCUAGUCGCUUUGAAGAUAGAACAACUUAAUCGGUUACACGGAUGUAAAUGGAGGAAGCCGACUCAAGUAGAACCAAGUGGCAUCUGUCACGGAAUCAAUACGUCUUUCAUUCCUGCGCGUGUCCACGUUAGCUCGUUUUUAAACGUGAUCGAAGUAUUGCAAUAGAUCUGGUUCUAUUUUCCAGAAGUAAAGCUAUGCUAACAGUUUUGAUGUACAAAGGGCUGAAAAGGAAACAGAACUACAGCAGCGUAUAAGGAAGAGCAAAGUUUCAAUGGAAAGGCUCGGCCGUAGGAGGUCUAAAAGCAGGCGUCGAACUGAUAAGCUCCGACGAUCCGCUUUGGAAGUCGAAGACCUACAUUUUUUCAGAAAGCAACACUACUACUAAUAAGUUAUGGACAAGAAGAAACACAUCAGCUAACUGAUGUAUCUUGCGGAAAAUAUAUCAAACUAAAAUAAGGCCGAACACCUUUUCUCAAUCGGCAUCACAAAUACGUGAGGGAACAAAUACAAAAGAUAAAGACAAUCUUUGUUCAAAGUUUUCUAACAACUUACUGUCACAAUGUUAACGUGCUAAAACAUGCAGCUGUGGCUGCAGGUACCUAUAGCACGACUAACUGAUAUUUCUUUUAGUUAGUGAUAUCGAUCAGUCUAUGAAUUUUGAGGGCUGUUUGUCUUCAGACAUCAAAUCUAAGCAUGAAAAAUAUUUUGACCUCAAUGAAAGAUACAUUGAUGAGAUAAUUAUAGGUUUCAAUACAUUUCAUAAUUAUUCACAAUGCUAAAAACUUCUCUAUGGUAAUUAUAGGUUUCAAUACACUUCAUGAUUAUUCACAAUGCUAAAAACUUCCCUAUGGCUGAAGGUCAGAAUAGUAAGAAGAAACGAGAAAAAUAACAAUGUAUUGUGUAAUUGUGUGUUCUUCAAAGGUAUAUCACGUAGGGAAGAUUUAUGAACCAUUCAAGAAGUUUUGAACAUCGCCGUGUGUGUUUUUUGGCUUAAUCUUUGUUGCCAAUGUUUGAGCCUCGAACGUGAAAUUUUGUGACAAAGAUCUGGGUCUGGGUUCUCUGCCCAGAUCUCCGCUUAGAAAACAAGGGAAAAAUACAGCUAAGUAACAUUAUACGUGCGGUCAAAAAGAGAACCUGCCAUCCUUGCUAGCUGAAACAGUCCAAAUUUGGAAACAAAUUGCUGAGCUGUACUUAAGGUAAACAGUAACAAGGAAGUUAAUUCCUCUAUAAAAGUAGGCUAAGCAGUGAGUGAAUUUCAAACCUGCAAGUCAGAUCUAAUCAAGUCGAAAAAGAAGGACUUCGCAAUGUCAAGAUUUUCUCUAUCGGUUGCCUCUGCAAUGUGCCUACUGGUAUUCUUUACAGCAUCAGUUCAGAGUAAGUUGUGUUACGCGAGUUUUGAAAUCUCAUUAACUUAUAGAGUCAAAGUUUAUAUUUUAGAUUCUUUUUAAAAGUUGAUUAAUGUCCAGAACUAGGUAAAUGUCCGUCCCUGCAUUAACGAUUUAAGAAUCUCAAUCUUUUCAAUAAUCACGCACAUGCGCACGAAUAGGCUCUCAGGAAAAUGAAAAUGAAAUCAGUUUUGGACCCAUUGGUCCUGAACGGAGCUGUCGUUUACGAGGAAAUUUUUAAUUAGCUGUAGAUAACAUCAAUGGAUUCAUUUGUAUGGUUCUUUUCCAGCUUUCAAGCUUCCUGGUGCCGCCGACACUGCAAAGAGGCUCGAAGAAAAUUUCGUAAAAGCUAAAACUAAACCUCCUCCAAGUGGUGCUGGAUUUCGGGCAUUGUUCCAAAUACCCACUUCAAGAGAGGUUCACGAUGUUGUCGUUCUCAUGGAUGGCUCGGGAUCGGUUACGUCUUGUCAAUUCGAGAAAGCAAAGAAGGCGCUUCGUUACCUAUUAGCUGUGAAAAACAUGUACGUGGACCUCAAGUAUGCAGCGGUCACUUUCUCAAACUCAGCCACUGUGAAUUUCAAUUUUUUGCCGGACUAUUUUGCAGCCAGUGAGAUGAAUAGAAUCACUCGCCCAGGAGGGGGAACUAACACUUAUGCUGCAUUGGUGAAGGCCACGGAAUUAUUUGAAGAUCCCUUGGCAGGUAAAACUUUCAUAUAUAUCGUAAAAUUACCUCCUUCUCAUAUGAGAAUGAGAGACAGAAAUAGAGGAAAGUAAAGGAAAUAGUGCUCUCUUCUGGUGUUAAGCACACAGUAAGCGGCUAAAGCAAGGAAGAAGCGAAGUGUUCCUCCGCACUUCUUUCAAUUAACGAAAAAAAAGCUGGAGAGAAAUCCGGGAAAUGGUCGGACAUAGCACAAAUUGGCAGAUGGCUGGACAGCUUCAGCUCAGCUCCUUGUCUUGUACUCUGAUAGAGCAGGCUCAUUCAGCAAAUGACAGCGCGCGUUAUAUCCGAACUUUAUCAUAAAAGCAAGGGAAAAACCGGGGCUACGCAUAUGUAUUCCACAUAUGGUAAUGCUGUCGAAUGAAAUCGUUAGCCUCCGUUUAAACUACGCAGAUUAUAUUCUUAGUAAAGGAGUUUUGUAUGAAGCUGCAUGGGUUAUUUUUAUUCUUUCGUUCACCCUUAAAUUAAUUAGGGUUUUAUUCCAUGUUUUUAAGGCGGACGUCGUGAUCCAGACAAGAGAAUAGUUUUCCUCGUUACAGAUGGAGGAUCCAAUUCCCCUUCUGAGACCAUAGCAAAGGCCCUAGAACUAAAGGAAGAUGGUGUAGAAGUUUUCGUCGUCGGCAUUGGUAGCUACUUCAGCGGAAUAGAUGAGAUAAGGAAGGUGGCUUCAAGUCCACCGGAAGAGUUCUUUUACGUGGCUUCCGACCUUUGGGAGGUGGUGAAGCAAAUUGUAAAGGAUAUCUCUCCCACACUGCUAGAGGCUAUGAAUGCUGAGCAUGAUCUUCCUUGUUAA